AUGAAGCUGGAAGGGAGCCUGCCGUGCAGGGUCGCGGCCCGGACCAGACGUCCUCCUCCUCCUCCUCCUCCUCCUCCUUCUCCUCCUCCUCCUGCUUCUGCUCCCAGACAGAGAGAAAGACACUGCAGAGCGCAGAGGGCACCCCGGACAGGGCGCUCGCAAGGAGUUGCCUCCCGGAGCCUGAGUGCUCCGGGGCUGCCAAGGGCUGGCGCGCUGGCCGCGCUCCGCUGCGGCGAGCAGGCUCAGCGGGCCCGGGAAGUGAUCAAUACAAGUGGAAAGUGCUGCGGCUGCGGCGGCGGUGGCGGCGGCGGCUGCGCUCGGUGCCAGGCGGCAUCUGGGCUCCAGACAGCCCCAGACAGCAGUGGUUCAGUUCACUACAUAACUGGAUAUAAUUUAAUGGAGUUAAUUGGUCCCUGAAGCUGCCUGUAGAAGACUUUUAUAUUCUAGCUCAA